UGCAUGUGCGACUGAGGUUUUUCUGUUGAUAAUAACACAUCGCCUCACUUUAUCAUGUUUCUCCCCAAAAGUCCUUCAUUCCCAUUCAGAUCUCCCUGCGUACAAUCUCACACUCGCCUUCUCAACCUCACCUUCUCAUGAAUCCAAUAAAACGCGAAAACGAAGAACCCAUCCAAAAGGACGCCACGAAAAGAGUCAAGACAAAACAUGAUGAACUUUUCGAGCCUUUCUGGCUAAUACCAGAACACCUCCUCCCUUUCCGCGUACAUCUAAGCUCCAUCAGUGAAAGCGACAUUAAAAUCACUUCUCCCCCUGAGAUGCCGCGUUGGUACUCGAGCGAAGAGCGGACCGCAAAGAUCGGAAUGGCACUGAGAAAAGUGCUCCCCGCUUCGGGGGAGAGCACGACGAGCUCGGGGCUAUACGACUCUGCCUAUGUUUGUGUUACCCUGUUUGGGCGUUACAAAAUUGUUGACUCAAAGGGCACGCUACUCCUUCCUGGGGAAUAUCUCGCAGAUCCGGCCUACGAUACCCAAGUGAAGUUGCUGCAGCUUGUCUUGUGUAUUGUCAAAGGAUUCCUUGAGGAUAUCAGGGCGAAUACCUCUAAAUUUGUGGCUAUGCUAUACCACUAUUGCGCGGACAGAAGGGCAUGGGAGGUAAAGUUGGUCAAGAAGCUGGUGCGAGAGGGUCUUGUUGUCAUGACCACCGAAGACAUCAAGCGCAUUGAGGAUUGGCGGCACCAAGCAGAUAGAAUCCCACCCGGUAACGACAUAUAUGACUGGUAUCGUGAAGAUCUGACAAUUCUUGAAAAUCUUCAAAAGCCUCUCCACGGUAUAACCCGGUCAAUCGAAGACGAUGGGAACCUUCCACCAUUUAUCACAGAUGUAAUUACUGCUGUUCACCGUCUGAAACAGAAGCUUAAAACACUCGAGGAUUCCCAGCUGCCAGAGCAGCUACUUAUCGAAUUCGACGACGAUGGUAACAAUGAUGGCGCCAUUCACAACGAAGAGAAGCCUCAGUUCAUCCCGCCGCCAGAUCCCGACGCUGCCGAAAGCUUCUACCACUGGUGUCUAGAAAGACAUGGUCGUUGGGCACGGAAAGGCGCAUUCAACAGUUCAACAUGUCACGAAGUCUACCAAUUAGCCCGUCUAGAUGAUGUGAAAUGCCACACUGAGCUGAACCUCCACAGAAACCCAUGGGGCUUGCCCGCUCACAGUUUAUACGAUGCUAUGAAGGGCUUGCAUGUCGAUGAUCAGUACUAUACCGUGCCGGUACGCGAGUUCCUACUUGACCUUGAGCCGUGGUACUUCCGCCAGCCUAGGGAAAUCAAGGAGCGAUUGCAGACUAUGGAUAUUCUUGGGUGGUCACUUGGGGCGAAUCUCUCUAGUAGACGAAACAAACUUCUUGGUCUGCCGGUUGGUGGAAGUAUGGAGUGAUCUUUUGCGUAUUAGUGCAUUUUCCCACGGCCGCUUUGGCAAGUACAACACCGUGUUUUGUGUCUGUAAGACCUUUCAAAUAAAGGAUUUAAUUAACAUGUCUAGCACGAACCUAGAGUGUUCUGCU